GUAAAUCUUGUUUAUCGCACAUGCAUUGACACGGGACUACGUGUUUACCCACUAGGAAGACCAACCAGUAACACAGUUGCAGUACAAUUUGACGGAAAGAAAAUGAAUCUCUUUGAUUUUGGCCAAGGAAUUACUUUGAAAGAAUUAUUGGAAAACCCAGAUUUGAAGAAUCCACCCAAACUGGUCGAUGGCAAAGAAAAGGGAAAGACAGCAACAGGCAGGUUUGAUUCCUCCUCGGCAUUUCUGGGGCCUAAUCUCUGGAACAAUCCUGAAAACAAUGACUUCAAUUUGGAAUUCAUGGAUCUUGAUGAGUUCUUGUCAGAAACUGGAAUGGGUUCUGGUGACAAUUCAAACUCCAGUGAGGGAAGGUUAGCAGCAAGCCCUCCACCAUCACCAGAAGAUCUGGCAGAUGUUUUAAUCCCACUGAUAGAAUCACCUCAGAAAGAGGAAACUACAGAAGUCCCAUCUUCACCACAAAAGGAUAGCCCUACUGCUACCUCGCCCCCUAGUCCAAGUGUCCAGUAUGAUAUUGACCCCACAGAUCUUGCUUUGGCAUCAAUUCCAGGUCAGAAUUUUGAUCCAAAGAGAAGGAGGUUUACUGAAGAUGAACUGAAGCCUCAGCCAAUCAUUAAGAAGUCAAGAAAGGUGUAUGUACCUGAUGAGUGCAAGGAUCAGAAAUACUGGUCACGAAGAAAGAAGAACAACGUCGCAGCAAAGAGAUCCAGAGAGGCGCGCCGAAUCAAAGAAAAUCAGAUCGCGCUGCGAGCUGCCUAUCUGGAGAAGGAGAACAGUACUUUGAAAGACGAACUUAAAAAUCUGAAACUUGAAAAUACACAGUUGUCGACUCGACUCGAAAAAUAUGAAGGAAAACGACCAUUGCUGUAGCUCCCAUUAAGGAUCAGAAGAUAUUUGUUUUUAUGCGUCUUCAUCUAUAACUUCAUUUCCUCGGAUCAUUCUGUUAGUGUAAAUGGUUGUUAUUGAAAUAUUUGUACAAUUUCUACCUCUUUUUCAUCAAGCACACUCUACUUAAAUUACAUGUAAAAGUAACAGGUUAUCAAAAUAUUGUUAAAGUUCUUCUAAAGACACAAAUGACAUAAAAUGGAGGGCAUUAUAUAUAUUUUAUCUAUAUUGUAUACUUUUUAUAUUCAGGAUUUUGUUAUAAUAGAAUUAAGUGCGUUUUAGAUCAUGAUAUUAUAAAGACCUGGAAAUGAAGUGUUACGAUAUAAUAUUAUUGUUUUGAUUGUUUUGACGAUCAUUGUAAAUAUUCAUUGUGUAUAGAAUUCCUUCAUAAGAGGGUUGAAAAUAGGCCUUUAAAUAUAUAUUAUAGUAUUGUUUGCAAAUUCUGUUGUUUAAAAUUUGUUAUAACAACAUAUAGUUCCUGAAGCACAUUUUAUUUGCCUGAUUGAUGGAAAACUGAACAAAAUGUAAAAAAAAAAAAAAAAAAAAAAAAAACAAAAGAAACAACAAAAAAAGUUUUAAAAAAAAAAAGAAAAAGAAGAAAGAUAUGUAUUUUAAAAAAUGAAUUAAAGUUUUUUAGUUCUAAAGUUAUAUGCUGGUUAGUAGAAUGUUUUUGUAGAUUCACAGUAGUCAAAGUGGAUAGAGAAACAAACUGGUACAUAUAGCUUGAUACUGUGCAUUUAUAGUUAUACAUGUACAAUGUUAACUUUUUUAAGUUGUUUUUUCUGCAUGUACAAAUCAUGACAUAUUAGUAAUGUUCUACUUUACCUGACAUUUGUAAAACUUUAUUUUUAAUUGUUAAAUUUUAUGAAGCAAGGUAAUAUAAUGUCUGUGUUAAACCUGUUGCAAUUUCAUAUACUAUGGUUCCUAUUUGAAUAACUAUUAUUCUGUUUAAAAGCAAUAUUCUUUGAUACAGAAUUUUUGACUCUAUGGAACACUUAUCUACAUGGUUAAAGAAAAAUCAUGCAAAUUUGGCUGUGAUAUGUGGCCCCUUUAUUGUGUUUUGUUAAAAAUAUUAAAAAUUAUAAAACUCCA